AUGGCCGUGUCCUGGGAGAAGUAUUUCCGACUGGCCUUGCAAGACAAGCUGCCUAUGAAGAUCCCGGAGCAGAACCUCAGCCACUCCCUGCCGGUGCUGUGUCUCCUGCGGAAGAGGCAGGAGCUGGUGGAUGUGGACCAGGGCCUGCGGGCCCAGAAGGAGGUGUUCCAGACCAGGAUGGCAGUCCUGAUGCAGCGCCGGGAACAGUUGGAACAGAAGCAGCAGGAGCUGAAGGGGUCCUUCCUCCGCUUCGACAAGUUCUUGCAGGACGCCGAGGCCCGACGUAGCCGCGGGAUGCGGAGGGCGGCAGAGGAGCGACACCGCGCGGGCCGCCAGGAGGCCGAGGCGCUGCGGCUCCGGGCCCAGCUCGAGCGUCUGCAGCGGGAGCGCGCGCGGCUGCGGCGCCGGCUGGAGCGCCUGGGGCCCUGCGCGCGCCUGCUGGAGCAAGUGCUGGGGCAGCUGCCGGAGUUCCAGGAGGUGCCCGAGCUGGUGGCGCGCUUCGAUGCCCUCGCGGACACGCUGGCCGCGCUGAGGCUCCGGGAGCGCCGGCGGCGGGCGGAGCUGGAGGAGGCGCGCGCGCGGCUGCAGCGGCUGCGGGACACCUGGCAGGACGAGCUGCUCCGGCGGGGCCAGCAGCGCGCGCAGUUGCUGGAGCGCCUGGAGGCGGCGCGGGAGCGCACGCUGCACUGGGAAUCCAAGUGGGUUCAGAUCCUGAACACGGCGGCUGAGAAGACGCUGCUCCUGGGCCGCGUGAGGAUGGCGGCGCUCAACCUGUUCCAGUUAGUGUGCCAGCACCAGAGGCAGCCGCCUGCCCUGGACAUGGAGGACACCGAGGGGCAGCUGGAGCAGGUGAAGCUGUUCCUCCUGGACCGCUCUGCCGUGCUGGCCAGCCUCCCCCAGAGUGAGCCCGAGACCCCGGCCCCCUAG